GUGUUGGCAUUUCAAUUAAAAAUCUGUUGAAAACCAUGUUUAUACAUUAAUUGUGUUGAAAAGAUGUACAAUUAAUAUUACUGAUGUUAUAAAAAAGCUUGAAUUACAUGCAAGAACAGCUUAAAGCGCAGUUCCCAGUUUGUCGACUGUCGGGGCCCGUAAAGCAGUUCGCGCAUGCGGGUUGCGAGCGGUGAAGAUGGACGUGAAUCAGCCGAAGCAGGAGCAUCUGCUCGCUCUGAAAGUGAUGAGAUUAACGAAACCAACAUUGUUUACCAACUUGCCAGUGACAUGCGAAGAUAGAGAUCUUCCAGGGGAUCUUUUUAGCCAAUUAAUGAAGGAUGAUCCUUCCACAGUUAAAGGAGCAGAGACUUUUAUGUUGGGUGAAAUGUUGACUCUUCCUCAGAACUUUGGGAAUAUUUUUUUAGGAGAAACCUUUUCAAGCUAUAUCAGUGUACAUAAUGACAGUGUGCAAGUUGUUAAGGAUAUUUUAAUUAAGGCUGACCUUCAGACUAGCUCUCAGCGUUUAAACCUGUCAGCCUCUAAUGCUGCAGUGGCUGAGCUUAAGCCUGAUCGUUGCAUUGAUGAUGUAAUUCAUCAUGAAGUAAAGGAAAUUGGAACACACAUCUUAGUCUGUGCAGUUAGCUAUACAACACAAGCUGGAGAGAAGAUGUACUUUCGAAAGUUCUUCAAAUUUCAGGUUCUUAAACCACUUGAUGUGAAGACCAAGUUCUACAAUGCUGAAAGUGACCUCAGUUCUGUGACAGAUGAAGUCUUUUUGGAAGCCCAGAUACAAAAUAUUACAACUACCCCAAUGUACAUGGAAAAAGUUUCACUUGAACCAUCCAUGAUGUAUAAUGUAACUGAACUGAACACAGUCAAUACAGGAGAGAAUGGAUUUUCCACGUUUGGGAAAAUGACCUACUUGCAACCUAUGGACACAAGGCAAUAUCUGUACUGUCUCAAACCUAAACCUGAAUUUUCAGAGAAAGCUGGGGUCAUCAAGGGAGUCACAGUUAUUGGAAAAUUGGACAUAGUCUGGAAAACAAACUUGGGGGAAAGAGGACGGUUACAAACAAGUCAGUUGCAAAGAAUGGCACCUGGAUAUGGUGAUGUCAGACUUUCCUUGGAAGUGAUUCCAGAUACUGUAAAUCUUGAGGAACCUUUUGAAGUUACAUGUAAAAUAACUAACUGCAGUGAGAGGACAAUGGAUCUGGUACUUGAAAUGUGCAAUACAAAUGCAAUCCACUGGUGUGGAAUUUCAGGAAGACAGCUGGGAAAGUUGAGUCCAAAUUCAUCUUUACAUCUUGCACUCAAGUUAUUGGCUUCUGUUCAAGGUUUACAGAGUAUUUCAGGAUUACGUUUGAUGGAUACAUUUUUAAAAAGAACAUAUGAAUAUGAUGAUAUUGCACAAGUAUGUGUGGUCUUUUCGCACUGAAGCUAGAAAGCUAAAAUUUUUCGUGAUGGUAUCUCCUUCUGUGGUUAACUGUGAACUUGUCAUUCAGUUUUAAUGAUGUGGCCAGUUUUUUUCACCAGUAGAAAAAAAUAGCUAUCACCAUGUUGAUAUAAACCAAAUAUGUAAACUUCUUAAAUUAAGAUUUUGAGCAGUUGAUUGGAUUAAAACACCAUCUUGGAUCCUAAUUUCAAAUCCAGUGUAGACUGAUCAGAUGGUAUUAGUCUCUGUUUGUUGGAUGUAAAGAUUUUGCACAUAAGUUUGAUCAGUUGCAAUCCAUUACUUUAUGGCAAUGACCCACUACCUGAAGUUGUUGAUAGAUUAAUGUUUGUGUUGCUUGACCUACUUCUUUUUCAUGAAAUUGGUGAUCUCAUGCAGUAUGGCUUAGAGUAAUCCUUUAGAUUGUGGGAAAGUGAAACUAACAAGCAAAAGCACAGUGUAUUUCUGAGAUUAGAGCAGAAAGCAACUCUGGGUGUUUGGAGAGAAUCCUUGUAUCCAUUUGUGUUGUACCUGUCCUGAUACUGUUCAUACUAACUGUAUCCAAGCUGGUGUGUUGAUUCCAUUACACCUAAGCUCAUGCUGAGUAUAAAGUCUACAAUUUUUUUUUACUGUUUGCACAAAUGUGGUUUUAAUAAAGCUUAUUAUUUGUUUAAAGAAUA